AUCCUGUGUCUGUGUUAGCGUCCAGCUCGGGCCGUGUCCCAAUCCGCGUCCCGAGGCGGAGCGAGUGCACUAGGCCGCGCGCGGGACGCCGUUCUCCUGCUCUCCGUGUGGAGGGCGCGAGCACAGGGAGCAGGGCUGCGUUUGGGACUCGGCCCUUUUUGUCCCCUCACAUGCCUGUGCGUCGUGUUUUUUGUUCUUUAUUUCCCUCAGAUUCUCUUUUUAAACCACCCGAGCGCUCAGAUAACCGCGUUUCCGUCGUCAGCGAGCUGAUUCGUAUCACAUAGUGUCGAGUCCUGACUGAAAACACCCAAAAAGAAACAACAAAAAAACCCGUUUGCAGUCUCACAAGCGUUAGCAUUAGCAUUACACAGCUAGCGCGACAUCUACCCUGUCCCCCCCAAACUUCACUCUAAACUCGGAGUAAUUACUUGCUGUUUUUCACAUUAUAUAUAAGUGCAGUAACCAGUCAACAUGUAUAACAAGGAAAAAAAAGAAAUCUAUUUAUACAUGUAGACACAGGAAGUAAAUAUAAGCGCAUGGACUGUGCUAAUGCUAAUGUGGCUAAUCGCUGAUGGCGCACAGCGGAUUGCGGUUAAUAAAUAUCUCCACUUCCGGUUUGUUGGGAAUUUGUGUGUGAUUUUUAUUGCUUCCUCUGGGCUCGGCGGGGUUAGUCUGUUAGCAUGGCGCGGGAUAACGCGGUCUCGGGUCCAGUUUCCGGGUUCGGGUUCUAUUCGGAUCAAUCGAUGGCUCUCGGCGGGACGCGUGACCGAUUACCGAUUCAUCGAUUAACCGGAGCGCGCAUGCGCCGUCUGCUCGCACAGCGCUGAGUUUGGAGGAGACAGUGCGCAGUUAGAGUAUAAACCCCCUGUCUGUCUGUGUCACUUCCUGUCUGUGUGUCUGUCCCUACAUCUGUGUGUGUGUGUGUGUGUGGACCGUCCUCAGGUGUGUGUUAGUUCCUCCUGAGACGAGUCAGACUCAGUCAGGUUAAUCUGGGUCUAUCGUGCUCCCACAGAGUCUCGGACCGUGCGCUGUCUGAACCUUCCAGGUCGGUCCUGCGGCUCGGCUCUUCAGCUCAGGGUCGCGUUUCACAAAAAAAAAUAAGAAAAACGGGCAACAAAACAAACACCUCUCUGAAUGCCUCAUGAAUCAGAGUCGAUUCAGACUCGUACCUGUGUGUGUGUGUGAAUGAGCCCCCACCUGACUAAAGAAGCUCAUUCAGGUUAACACACACUAACACUGCAGCACUCGUUUAAUCCCAGAAUGAACGCAGCUUCCCACAUCCAGGUGACCUGAAAGAGAUGGUGAUGGAGAAACCGAGCCCUUUGCUCGUAGGGCGCGAGUUCGUCAGGCAGUACUACACACUCCUGAACAAAGCGCCCGAUUACCUGCACAGGUUCUAUGGGAGGAACUCGUCCUACGUGCACGGCGGUUUGGACGGCAGCGGGAAGCCAGAGGAGGCCGUGUACGGUCAGGCUGAGAUCCAUAAGAAGGUGAUGUCCCUGCAGUUUAGCGAGUGUCACACUAAGAUCCGGCAUGUGGACGCUCACGCCACCCUGGGGGACGGGGUGGUGGUGCAGGUGAUGGGGGAGCUGUCCAACAGGGGGCAGCCUAUGAGGAGGUUCAUGCAGACCUUCGUCCUCGCACCUGAGGGUUCUGCGGUGAACAAGUUCUAUGUCCACAAUGAUAUUUUCCGCUAUGAAGAGGAAGUGUUUGGAGAUUCUGAGGCUGAGUUGGGAGAGUCUGAGGAAGAGGAGGCAGAGGAAGAGCAGGUGGAGGCCCACACUUCACCUGAACCUGCACAGGACAGCACAGCCUACUACGAGCCUCCACCAGUCAGUAAUGGCGUGGAGGAGCAGCAAGAGGAGGCGGGGCCUGAGGCGGAACCAGAACCCCAGCCUGAGCCCGAGACCCAUCAGGAGGCGGAGCCGGACCUCAGCGCUGAGGGAGAGCUGCAGCCUGAGGAGGUGGAGCCGGAUAUAGAUGAGAAGCUUCCAGAAGAGGUGGAGGAGAAACCCCCGACCCCAGUCUCAGCCCCGACUCCGCCCCCUCAGACCCCUGAACCGCCCAAACCUUUCUCAUGGGCCUCGGUGACCAGUAAGAAUCUGCCACCCAGUGGCUCUCUGCCCACCUCUGGCAUCCCGCCACACGUGGUAAAGGCCUCCAGCGUACCGCCCAGAGUAGAGGCAAAACAGGAUUCCCAUACUCCGUUGCCUAGAGACCAGCGACGUGAGAGACCUGGGUUCACCCCACGUGGACCUAGACCAGACGGUGCUUCAGCUGAGGCCCAAGGAGGGAAACCUUAUUUUGGCUUUAAAGGUCGUGGUGAGUCUGAGGGAGGCGAGGCUGAGGGCCGCCGCACCGUGCGUCACCCAGACAGCCAUCAGCUGUUCGUGGGGAAUCUUCCUCACGACAUCGACGAGGGAGAGCUGAAGGAAUUCUUCAUGACGUUCGGGACCGUGGUGGAGAUGCGCAUCAACACAAAGGGUGUUGGAGGGAAACUGCCCAACUUCGGCUUUGUUGUGUUUGAUGAUGCUGAACCAGUGCAGAGGAUCUUAGCAGCCAAGCCGAUCAUGUUCCGCGAUGAGGUUCGUCUGAACGUGGAGGAGAAGAAAACCCGCGCCGCCCGAGAGCGUGAGACCAGGGCCACCGGAGACAGUCGCCGUGGAGAUCGUGGUCCCCGGGGUAUCAUGGGUAACGGCAUGGGACGUGACAGAGAUGGCCGCGGCCCACCACCGUCCUCCUCUAGACCCACCAUGGGUUUGGGCCGAGGCGGCGGAGAGAGUCGAUUCGCCGGGCCACGUCGCUGAGUGGGCGGAGUCAUCCUGAACUGCGCUUGCUCGCUUGUUCUCUCUCGUCACAUCGAUGGGCCGAAAAAUUACAAAAAAAAAAAUUCUUUAUUUUCCUUUUUUUCCCUUUUUUUCUUUUUUGGAAUGUGACCGGCUUUCAACAACGACGACGAUCAGAACCACCAUUUGAUGUGAAAGAUUUAAAAAAGCAGAACUCUCUCUCACUAUUUCUCUCUCUCUCUCUCUCUUUGAGUUGAUUUUGAAAAAUUCAUCGCUUUUUUUUUAAUAUAUAUACAUUUUUUUUUUUUGCAAGAAAAAAGGGGCGUGGCUUAUUUUCUGUAGAACAAAGAGAUGGACGUGUGACAGGUGAACUGUUGAAUCGCACGUUUUAUAAAGGACACGAACGUCGACUUCAGAAAACACAGAAGAGGAAAAAACGCUCACUGUACACUUAUUUAUUUUGUUAGUUAAUAAAAAAAAAAAGUGGUGGUGCCUUAAACUGUUCUCUCGCCCGUCUCUCUCUCUCUCUCUCUCUCUCUCUCUCUCUCGAUCUGUUUCAUCCUGUGAAAGACAAAAGGACUAAACUCAUCAGGACUCGGGCAUGUGCCGAUAUUAAAUUAAGCGAUGUGAUUGCGACGUUCUUGUUUACUGGACCCUUAGCAGUAUCUCCUUCGGAACUCGACUUCAUCGUAAGUGAAAGGAAUUAUGGGAUUGCCUUCAGCGAGACAGACUCAGGUGCUGCUGCUGCCUUUACACAUCCAAAAACACGGACCCUUCAGAAGACUCUGUUCAUCUUCUGUUCCUAACAGACGGACUUUAUUUUGGGAGCCAGCAUUUAUUUUAUUUAUUUCCCCUCCCUGUCCUGGUUGAAUAUCGUGAUGUGAUCGAUGAUCGGCACAUGCCUGGUCACAUGGAACAGUUCGGCCGUAAAAAAAAAAAAAAAAGUGCACUGUUUUGUUUUUUCGUACUUUUUUUUCCCUUUAAUCCGAAAUCUGGGUUUUGAAUUACACUAAUGCUAUUAUAGCUAACAGGUAACCGCGGGUUAUAGCUACCAGAUUAGCAUUAUGCUCCAGACAUUUGUACAUAAAAUUCCAUGAAGUAGCGUAUUGUCUUUUUUUUUUUUUUUUUUUUUUUUGAAACAGCAACCAGUCAGAUGUCCGUCAGUGUGCAUGCCCCGCCCCCUACCCAAGUCUAACGAAUGGGUACAAAAAGCACCUGUUGGGGGGAAAAGCAGUUACUUGUACAUUUUCAUCUCUGUGACGUUGUUUUUGUCUUUGUUGACAGAUGAGUGUGUUGUGCAACGCGUCAUGCUAAGCUGGUAGCUGUGAGUGUGUAACUUGUUAGCUACAUUAGCCUCGUAGCUCCGGUGUGAACCCUGUUUGAUCGAAUGUAUGCUGUACGUUUAGUUUUGUUUUUUUGUUUUUUUAAUUGGGCUGCACAGUUCCUGCAGUUUGUUGCUAACGGCGUGUGUGUGAUGGUGAGGCAGUGUUAGCAGUACUGUUGAUCUGAUUAGUACUGUCUUUGAUAGCAUACAUGUUUCUGAUUGUUUUUGCUUGUUUUUAGCCUGAGAGCGGAUUGCUGAAGCAGAGCUUGUUUUUCUCCCUGCAGUAUUUCACACUGACUUUAAUUCCUCUCACAAACCACUUUGCACGGCCGGUUUACAAUAUUUUUGUUUCUCUUUUUUUUGAUACAGCAUUUUUAUCCUAGCACUUUUUUUGGUUGCUGAUUUUUCCUUUUUUCCCCCUCCUUUUUGUCCUCCUCCUCCAGCCUGUAUUUCCGCUCGGGGUCGGGUGUUGAACUCCCGUUGGCUUCAGCAGGUUCCGUCUGAAUGUGUUUUCAACUUUCAAUAAACUACUGAUGAUCUGCAAA